AGAGUAGAAUUAACUCCAACCCCGCAACAAGACAAAAUCGCAAUUUCACACCCCACCAAAACCCUAAAACCUCAGACGUAUACAAAAACCCUAAUUUUCCCGCUUUAUUAGCCCUUUUCGCGUUAGUCCCGACAUCAAAACCAACCCUAACCACAAACUGCUCUACUGGUGCUUGGGCUUUAAUUUGGUGGAAUGGAGGUGGGUAAGUUGAGCUCUGACGUGGUUGCUCUGGAGAGGAUGGUGGUGUCCUCUAUCGUGGAGGUUGUGGUGGUGGAGACCCUUUUGGCUGCUCAGAGAUCUCUUGCUUGCUUUCUCCUGGCGACAGGAACUCUGCUGAGUGAUGUUAAUGUGCUGCCACAGUUAACUGGGAAAAGGUUUCCCAUGGAUGAGCUUCACAGAAGGAAACAACCUGGUCCUGAAAACAAAGAUGCUAGUGACACGGACGACGACGAUGAAGAGGAUGACGAAGACGUUGACGAGGAAGAGGUUGAUGAUGCGGGUGAUGAAGAUUUCUCUGGCGACGAAGGUGGGGACGACGACGAUGAUGAAGAGGGAGAUCCAGAGGAUGGCCCACCAGCUAAUGGGAAUGGGGGAAAUGACGAUGAGGACGAAGAAGAUGAUGAUGAGGAUGACGAGGGCGAUGAGGAAGACGAAGAAGAGGAGGAAGAUGAAGACGAAGAGGAUCAACCACCAGCUAAAAAGAAAAAGUGAAAAUCACCGUAGGUAUUUGGUUAGUUUUUUUUCCGUCCCUCUCUUCUUUUGUUGGGUGCAACUCUGGUAUGAGUUAGAAGGUUUAGCUUGUCUGUCUUAGUAGAGUAGAACAUUUGACUCCCUGCUGUUUAUUAGUUUCACAUGAGGGUUGUUAUGGUAUUUAUGGAACUCUAUUCGUGUCUGGAUUUUCAUUUAACGCGUGGAUUCUAUGUGAAGUUGUUUUACUUUUAUGCCAAGGAAGGAAAUUCAGGGCCA